GAGGAAAAGUCUCUGAAAGUAAGAACUCUGGCCCCCAAGUCCAGUUCAUCCUUGGUCCACCCCCUCCCCAGGCCCCGGGAGCAAUCGCUCACUCAGCCUGGGCUUCAGGCAACUCCCCAAAGUCCCCGCGUCCGACGGAGUCCCCCACUCAGCCCGGCUCAGGACCCCCAGCUUCCUGCGACCCUUGGCUUUCCCGGUUGUAUGUGGCCCACAGGAGAUGCCCAGGUUUUCAGAGCGUCGCAGAAGCUCGGUCAGGUCGGGCAUGCACGGCGACAUUCGGAAUCUGUGGAGCCAGGCCACGCUGGUGCAGCCGCACGUGAACAUGUCGCUGGCCGAAGUGUGCGAGAACUUCGACGAGGAGGGCAGAGACCUGGGCAAGCUGCGCGGGGGCAGGAGCCAGUCCAUUUCUCUGAAGGAAAGGAUCAGCUCCAAGCCGGAGGAGCUGGAAGAGCAGUCUUUGCUGGACCUGGAACUGCACGCCAGGAGCUCGAUGGAACAGCAUUCAGAAAAGGAGUCCGAGGACUUCAAGAUCGAUUCUGAAAAGUCUUCUUCGGCAUCAGUAAUCAGCCUGUCCAAGCACAUACCCCAUCGAGCCUACUGGGCAGAGCAGCAGAACAGGCUGCCUCUGCCCCUGAUGGAAGUCAUGGAGACUGAAGCUCUGGAAAUCCUCACCAAAGCUCUCAAGAGCUACCGGUCCCGGAUCGGCAAAAACCACUUCCUGACUAAAGAGCUGCAGCGAUACAUCGAGGGGCUCAAGAAGCGCCGGAGCAAGAGGCUGCAAUGCAGGUUCCAGUGAGCCUCCGGCCAGAGUGGCACUCAACUCCAGCCCCGUGCCCUGACGGGGCAGCCCAACCCCAUCCGCGUGGGACUUGAGCCCUAGACAAAUUAAAAAGUAUCUAUCCACGGUCUGUGAGUCAGUGCGUGGCUGCUGCGUGAGGCGGGCGCCGGUGGCCCCGCCCUUCCCCAUGACCUUGAUUCGGUCACCGUAGUGACCUUGAGUUUUCUCGGUCCUGAGUCUUAUCGUCCCUGCCUUCCAUGGACUCGCAAUCCAGGGCUA